AUGUUUCCUCGUAAGCGUAGUUUAGGAACAAAUGAUGAUGAAAAAUAUGUAUACAAUGGUAGUUCAAUCAAAGUAUGUGAUGCAUAUGACGCUAUUCGUAAUUUUGUGGUCAAAUGUAGUUUGGCUUUCAUGCAUGUAAUUCGUUUAAUUGCAUUAAUAUUGUUUUUAUUACCAAAUGAUCAUAAUAUAACACGUCGUGAUAUUAUUAAAUCAUUAAAACCAGAUGAAACUUUUAUAUAUGAAACAUUAUGUAUUUUAUGUAAUAAAGUAGUAGUACAAUAA